AUGUUGGCGCGGCUGUUCCGGCUUCACGGCCUGCUGGUGGCCGCCCACCCGUGGGAGGUGAUCAUCGGCACCCUGGCGCUCACUGUUUGCCUCAUAUCUAUGAACGGCCUGGCUGCCAGCAGCCACAUAUGCAGCUGGAAUGAGUGCCCUAAAGCGGAGGCGCAGCCGAGCCACAGCAGCGACGCCGUCAUCCUGACUCUGACGCGCUGCAUCGCUGUUGUUUACAUCUACUUCCAAUUUAAGAACCUACGGCAGCUGGGCUCCAAGUACAUUCUAGGCAUUGCCGGUUUAUUUACGCUGUUUUCCAGCUUUGUUUUCAGUUCGGUCGUCAUCAGCUUUUUUGGCAGGGAGCUGACGGGCCUCAACGAAGCGUUACCUUUCUUCCUCCUGCUCAUCGACUUGUCAAAAGCCUGCACACUGGCGAAGUUUGCCCUGAGCUCCAAUUCUCAGGAGGAGGUGAGGGAGAACAUCUCUCAAGGCAUGGCCAUUUUAGGUCCCACAUUCACGCUGGAUGCUCUGGUGGAAUGUCUUGUCAUCGGGAUCGGCACAAUGUCAGGAGUGCCGCAGCUGGAGAUCAUGUGCUGUUUCGGCUGCAUGUCGGUGCUGGCUAACUACUUCGUCUUCAUGACAUUUUUCCCCGCUUGUGUCUCACUGGUUCUGGAGUUGUCGAUGGAAAGCCGCGAGGGUCGGCCCGUUUGGCAGAUGAGCCACUUGGCCCACGUGCUGGCUGAAGAAGAGCACAACAAGCCCAAUCCGGUCACGCAGAGGGUGAAGCUCAUCAUGUCUUUGGGUCUAGCUUUGGUCCACGCCCACGCCAGACUGGCUGCCGAGCAUCCCGGCCAAAAUAAGACUGUGCCAGGGUCUGUGCGGGAAGAGAACGCCGCUUCCAUGAGGCCACUGCAGCUAAAUGGGGUGGACCUGGAGCAGGUCAUUACACUUGGCCUGGCCCUGCUUCUCGCCGUCAAGUACGUCUUAUUUGAGCAGAGCGAGACCGAGUCGUCGCUGUCCGUCAAAAGUCCAUCGGGCGGCUCGCCUCCUGCCUGUAAGAUGGCGGCGACGGCCGACAGCUGCCACAGGAUGGACAUGACUGCUGCAAAAUUGCACAAGAGCGCCAACUGCAGCACAACAGUGGCGCAGUCCAAACUUGCGUGCAGGGAGGAAGGUGAGACCAUUGAGGAUAGGAAAAACUCUGGAGAUGAGAAUUGUCCCCGCUCAUUGAAGGAAUGCCUGGACAUCCUGGCCGAUUCACAGAGAGGACCCCGUUACCUCAGCGACAGCGAGGUGAUCAACCUGGUAGCGUCACGUCAUAUCCUCAACUACAAGCUGGAUGCCGUCCUGGAGACCCCCGAGAGGGGCGUGGCCAUCCGGAGGAAGAUGCUGUCAUCCGAGCUUCCCGUUCCCGCCGCCUUGUCGUCACUUCCGUAUAAGAACUACGAUUACGCCAAGGUGAUGGGCACGUGCUGCGAGAACGUCAUCGGUUACAUGCCGUUGCCGGUGGGCGUGGCCGGCCCUCUGCCCUUGGACGGGGAGCGCUUUUACGUUCCCAUGGCGACCACCGAGGGCUGCCUGGUGGCCAGCACCAACCGAGGCUGCAGGGCGCUUGCACUGAGCGGUGGCUGUCAUAGCAAAGUGCUAGCCGAUAGCAUGACUCGGGGUCCCGUGGUGCGCCUCCCCUCGGCUUGCCGCGCCGCAGAAGUCAAAGCCUGGCUGGAGAGCCCUGAGGGCUUCGGGGUGGUCAAAGAUGCCUUCGACCAAACCAGCAGAUUUGCUCGACUGGAGAAAAUGCUGGUGGGUUUAGCGGGCAGAAACCUCUACAUCCGCUUUGAGGCGCACACAGGAGAUGCCAUGGGCAUGAACAUGAUCUCUAAGGGCUGCGAAAAAGCUCUACUCAGAAUACGGCAGCAGCACGCCGACCUGGAGGUUCUUGCCGUCAGCGGCAACUUUUGCACCGACAAGAAGUCGGCCGCAGUCAACUGGAUCCUGGGAAGGGGCAAGUGCGUUGUGUGCGAGGCCACCAUCCCUGAAAAGGUGGUCCGCGAGGUUCUCAAGAGCAGCACGGCAGCGCUGGUGGAACUGAACAUCAACAAAAACCUGGUGGGCUCAGCCAUGGCGGGCAGCGUCGGCGGCUUCAACGCCCACGCCGCCAACGUGGUGGCGGCCAUCUUCAUCGCUUGCGGGCAGGACCCCGCGCAAACUGUAAGCAGCGCCAACUGCAUUACGCAAAUGGAAGCAGCCGGCCCGCACGGCAGCGACCUCUACAUAAGCUGCACCAUGCCUUCCAUCGAGCUGGGAACGGUCGGGGGCGGAACCAACUUGCCCCCUCAGCAAGCCUGUCUGCAGAUGCUUGGCGUCCAAGGCAGCAGGCCGGACCGGCCAGGCGAAAACGCCCGGCAGCUGGCCAGGGUGGUGUGCGCUGCCGUUCUGGCGGGGGAGCUGUCACUAAUGGCGGCUUUGGAAGCCGGACACCUGGUCAAGAGUCACAUGACCCAUAACAGGUCCAAAAGCAACUUAGCCGCAAUGUCAUCUGAUUCCGGGGACACCUCGUGA